AUUUUCCAUACCAUGUUUAUACCGCGAGAAACGAUGAAGAUCAGCGGGUAUUUAUGACGGAAGCACUAAAGCUUCUUGGUGCAGAUGUAAAUGUUCUAAAGACUGAUUUUGAAGAGAUGAAUCAAGUCAAAGGUGCUAUUAUGAAGGCGCUAUACAACCAAUCAGCUACAGUUGCUUACCCGCUUUCAAUUGAUAAGUUACAAGAGAAAUACAAUUGGCUUGAUUGGCUUAAAGUGUUGAAAACGAUUGCGGCAAAAGGAAAUAUCGUCAUUGAAUCGACGGACACAGUUCGCUUAGAGCGAGACUGGUAUUUUAAUCAGCUGUCAGAUAUACUGAACUCUUUUUCAAAAAGAGCUCUAGCUAAUUACAUGAUGUCGUGUCUGCUCACGUUCACUGAUCUCCUAGACUAUCGAUUCAGGGAGUUAAAUCAUAGAUAUCCUACAGCUGAAUUAAAUUAUAGGAAGGACAGAUGGAAGACUUGUGUAGCACUUACGGAGAAUAAACUUCCAGAGGCUGUGGGUCGGAUGUAUGUGAAUAAAUACCUCAGAAAAGAGGAUAGAGAUUUUGUGAGUUGUGUACCGCUUUCAAACAAUUUAGCAUAUUAUUUCAAUUUUUAA